GCGCCCCACCGCUGCCUUCCUCUGCGCGGGGGCGCGCGCCAGUGACGCGUUUUGCGCAUUUCCUGCGGGCACGCGCGGAGACGGGAAGCAGAAGCAAGCGGCGGCGGCGCGCAAGGACGCACAAACACUCGGACGUACACGCACACACCCGCGCAUGCACGCACACGGAGAGAGAUAAAAAAAAAAAACAACAAAAAAAAAAAACCCAAGCAGCCGAAAGGUUGCGAAGAAGCGAACGCGAAUGAUGCACUCGUGAACGCCGAGGACGCGAAGACGCUCGCCGGGGUUGGUGGUGGGGGGAGCAGGCGGACGACGGACGACUCGGAGCCGUGUUCGGGACCGCGGCGGCGAGCCCCGUCAACCGAGCGCUUAAGCGGCGGAUUAAAAUCCUUCGAGGCGGACGGGGGAGCGACAGCCCGCAGAGCGGGGGCGGGGGGUGGGGUGACCGGAGACCGGAGCCCCGAUCCCGGAUGGCUAGGCGCGGCUGCUCCCGCUCUCCCCCACCCUGAGCCCUGAGCCCUGAGCCCGAGCGAGGCGCACCGUGGUCGUGUGCGGUACUGGUGUGUGUGUGUGUGUAUAGGUGGGGGGCCUCGGGGGGCGGCGGCGGCGGCGUAGAAGAAGAAGAAGCCCACUCGCGGGAGGCCGUUAGUCGGCGUCCCCGGUUUGAGUCCCCCGCCCUUGUUUCCGCUUGAGCACCAAGAAACAAAGCGGGAGUGGGAGUGCGACGUCUUCACCGUUGACAUCCUCAGACCUGAGCGUCAUGAUAGGUCUGCAGAGUCCUGGCGUCAUUGUGGGAUGUAGCCCCACUGUGGAGUGAAGCCCCCUACGCCCCCGACCCUUUACCCCCACCCCCGGAAGCCGACCGCUCGGACGACCCCCCCCCCCCCACCCCCAAAACAGAAGUUCCGAGGAAGGAAGGAAGGCUGAGCCAUGCCGGUGUUCAGCGGACUCCUGAAGGUGCGGGUGUGCGAGGCGGUGGACCUGAAGCCCACCCCGUGGGCGCUGCGCCACGCCGUGGGCAAGAGCGGCUCCUUCCUGCUGGACCCCUACCUGGCGCUCAACCUGGACCAGACCCGCUUGGGCCAGACGGCCACGCGCACCAAGACCAACAGCCCCGCCUGGCACCAGGAGUUCUGCACCGAGGUGCGCGAGGGUCGCAGCCUGGAGCUCUCCGUGUUCCACGACGCGCCCAUCGGCUACGACGACUUCGUGGCCAACUGCACCAUCCAGCUGGAGGACCUGCUGCAGAACGGGACCAGGCACUACGAGGACUGGAUCGACUUGGAGCCGGAGGGGAAGGUCUACGUGGUCAUUGAUCUGUCUGGAUCUUCCACUGAAGCCUCGGGAGCCAACGACAAUGAGGAGCGCGUCUUCCGCGAGCGGAUCGGCCCGCGGCGACGUCAGGGCGCCGUGCGCCGGCGCGUCCAUCAAGUCAACGGGCACAAGUUCAUGGCCACGUACCUGCGGCAGCCCACGUACUGCUCGCACUGCAGAGACUUUAUCUGGGGCGUCCUGGGCAAGCAAGGCUACCAGUGUCAAGUGUGCACGUGCGUCGUCCACAAGCGCUGCCACGAGCUCAUCAUCACCAAGUGUGCUGGCAUGAAGAAGCAGGAGGACACCCCGGAGGAGGUGGGGUCGCAGCGCUUCAGCGUCAACAUGCCGCACAAGUUCAGCAUCCACAACUACAAGGUGCCCACCUUCUGCGACCACUGCGGCUCGCUGCUGUGGGGGCUCUUGAGGCAGGGCCUGCAGUGCAAGGUGUGUAAGAUGAACGUGCACCGGCGCUGCGAGAAAAACGUGGCCCCCAACUGCGGCGUGGACGCCCGAGGCAUCGCCAAGGUUCUGUCCGACCUGGGAGUCACGCCGGACAAGAUCUCCAACACGGCGCAGCGUCGCAGGAAGUUGACGCCCGGGCAGGACCCUCCCCAAUCCCCGCCGGAGCUCUCGCAGACCGAGGACAGCUUCAGCCAGCCGGCUGUCCCCGCCUCGCCCUCCCAGCAGGACCUGGCGGAGUUGGACCGCCUGCAGGACGCACUUUCACCGGACCAGCAGGGACCCCAGCACUCGUCGUCGUCCUCGUCGUCGUCCUCCUCGGCCACGUCCGCCACCUCGUUGUCCACCGCCUCCUUGUCGGGGGCCCGCGAGAACGGCCAGAGCCAGAGGAGGACCCUCAAGGACUUCAACCUGAUCAAGGUCCUCGGCAAAGGCAGCUUCGGCAAGGUGAUGCUGGCCGAGCUGAAGGGGACGGAGGAGGUCUACGCCGUCAAGGUCCUGAAGAAGGACGUCAUCCUCCAAGACGACGACGUGGACUGCACCAUGACGGAGAAGCGCAUCCUGGCUCUGGCCCGGCGACAUCCCUACCUCACGCAGCUCUACUGCUGCUUCCAGACUCGAGACCGCCUGUUCUUCGUCAUGGAGUACGUGAACGGGGGCGACCUGAUGUUCCAGAUUCAGCGCUCGCGCAAGUUCGACGAGCCGCGCUCGCGCUUCUACGCCGCCGAGGUCACGUCGGCGCUCAUGUUCCUGCACCGCAACGGCGUCAUCUACAGGGACCUGAAGCUGGACAACAUCCUGCUGGACGCCGAGGGCCACUGCAAGCUGGCCGACUUCGGCAUGUGCAAAGAGGGCAUCGUGAACGGCGUGACCACCACCACCUUCUGCGGCACGCCCGACUACAUCGCCCCCGAGAUCCUGCAGGAACUGGAGUACGGCGCCUCGGUGGACUGGUGGGCGCUGGGCGUCCUGAUGUACGAGAUGAUGGCGGGCCAGCCGCCGUUCGAGGCCGACAACGAGGACGACCUGUUCGAGUCCAUCCUCCACGACGACGUCCUCUACCCCGUGUGGCUCAGCAAGGAGGCCGUGUCCAUCCUGCGAGCGUUCAUGACCAAGAACCCGGCCAAGCGUCUGGGCUGCGUGGUGAGCCAAGGCUGCGAGGAAGCCAUCAAAACGCACGCCUUCUUCCGCGAGAUCGACUGGCUGCUGCUGGAACAGAGGAAAGUGCGCCCCCCCUUCAAGCCCCGCAUCAAAACCAAACGCGACGUGAACAACUUCGACCAGGACUUCACCAAGGAGGACCCGGUCCUCACGCCCACCGACGAGACCAUCGUCCGGCAGAUCAACCAGGACGAGUUCAAGGACUUUUCCUACUGCGCCCCCGAGGAGACGCACACCUAAAACGCAAACAAACACACACACACUCGCACUCCUUUACUUUUUCAGGCCGUCGUUACUUUAUUUGCGUCGUCGUCGUCGUUCUUAAUGUCGUUGCCUGGAUUUCAUGAUUAAUAUGCACACCCGCUUUAAAACACGCGUACGGUGCACGCGGAAAGUAUUGACAGCGCUUGACUUCUCCCACGUUUUAUGUCGCAGCCUUACUCCGAGCUCAGUGAAAUUCCGUGAGAAAAAAAAAAAAUCAUUUUCAAAAUGAUUCCACAAGCAUCAGUUGGGAUUUUUAUUCUCCAUCCCAGAAAAUGUUGAUAUUAUAAAAGUGAACAGGAAAAUAUUUGCAGAGCUUCUCUUUUUAUACCUUUCGGUGCCUUGAGUUUAAUUUGUCUCAAAUCAUUUUUCUCUCUUAAAAAAAAAUGAGUUCCGGUGCCCCAGAAAACGCUAAAAUCGCACAGUGCAGAAGGUUCUUUAUCAAAAUAUGGUAAUAACAAUUACAUAAAAGUAAAAUGGUGUAGUGGUAGACACGUCUCCCUUUGGUGCGGGCAGCGCGGGGUCGAUGCCCGCUCGGUGAUGGUGUCGAUAUCGGCCCUGCGACCGACUGGCGCGCAGUUCAGGGUGUAGUUCGCCCGCAUUGCUCUCCCGUGACCCUUGUGAGGAUAAGCGGGUUGGCUAAUGGAUGGAUGGAUAAAAUAAACAGAUUGCACAAAAUGAUAAUUUACGGGCGUAGCGCUUCGCCAUCUGGUGUGCACUGUGUCCACCAGGGGGCAGAGUAAUACAAUCGUUUUUGUUUUUUUUGCAGAGGAUCAAGAAUAUAUGCCUGCGAAUUGAUGCAGUGGAGACCCGCAUAUUUACGGUUUUGCAUUUUUUUCGGGGGAGCACAGAAAUACAACAUACUUAACCCAGUUUACGGUGUGCCCCGCCUCCUGCCCAUUGACAACUGGGAUAGGCUCCAGCACUCCCCGCGACCCUCGUGAGGAUAAGCGGGUAAGGAAAUGGAUGGAUGGAUAAUAAUAAUAAGGGAGCAUCUAUUACUAGGAAUGGCAACCAGCAGCUCGAAGCAUCUUUCUCGGGGAAAAAAAUCAUCCAUCAUCCGCAAAACCGUCGGCCGGUGUCAAAUACGCCGUCGCCGUCUCGCGCUUGGAGCGAAACUUUUGGCUCGCCACUCCAGAUUUAAAAAAUAAUAAUAAUAAAAGGAAAUCGGCCAAGCGAUGGCUCACAUCUCGAAGAACUUUGGAAUGAGGCUGUAAUAUAACAACGUAGGGAGGGGGGAAAAUUAAGUGCUUUGAAUACUUGGCAGAUGCACUAUGCGUGUGUAUGUAUAUAUCAAUAUACAUAUAUAUAUAUAUAUAUACACACACACACUUCUUUCUCGCAAUGGACUGCCUGUAUACUGUAUAUAUCUAUACAAAUCCAAAUAUUAGCUUGUGUCGCGUGACUGUAUUGUGUCGCUGUCGUCCGCAAGCUUGUGACGCAUGGACAAAACGAACCCCGACCCCCCCCCCCCCUUUUUUUUUUGUCUUUUAACGGCCCUUAUUGUGGACUAGUCCGGGCCUUGAAUACCCCCGUUUUGUGCAAUAUAACCCCCCCCCCCCCCCGUUCCCCCCUACCCAUCAUAUCCCUCUAAAGGAUUCUACUUUAUGGCUUUCAAUAUUAUCCCGAUAUUUUUUUUUUUUGCAAUCAUUUUCGAUCGGUAUGAUUGACGACGAAUGUGCCGCUUCACUCACAGGCUAUUGAACUAAUUAUGACGAGCUGCCAUUUUUUUUUUUUUUUUUUUGUCCUGAAUGUACAUUUCCAUUUGGUGCGCGUGUGAGCGUUUCCACGGUUACCAGCAGUGUUUUCUCCCGCAGCUAAACUGCUUGCUUUACUUUUUCUUUCCUUUUUUUUUUUUUAAAAAAAGAAAAAUAAUUAUUAUUAUUGUAAAAUGUAUUAUCUGGAGGACGUGUGUGUGUAUUGCUUAUAACUAUAUUAUUAUAGGUCUGUUACAGCUUGAGCGAGAGGACCAGCAGAUGAAUUACCUCACAUUUCCUACACACACACACACAUACACAAAAAGUGCAUCGAGAAAGUAUUCACAGAACUUCACUUUUUUUUUUUUUUCUUAAAUCACGCAAACAUAAAUAUUCACCGUAUCAUUUCCGAAUAUGAUACCACGAGCUGGAUGGAGCCGAAUCUCACGUCGCGUUCAAAGAGUGAAACGUCGCUUUUUUUCUUUUUUUUUUUCCUUCCCCAGCGCGUUUGUUUGUUCCGAACGCUUCUCGUUUCAUUUUGGAGUGAAGCUUGUAACGAAAAAUAUGGAAAAAGGUGAAGAACUGUAAAUACAGAAGCGCCGUAUGCAUG